AUGAAGAUCUUGAUUGAGUCCCUAGCUGUGAAUGUGGGGUCAAACAAAUGGCAUUGGAAAUAUGAUGUUAAUGGUAACUUUACUGUGGCGGGUAUCAAGAAGAUUUUGAGCUCGGUUAACCAUGAUAGCCCCGUUAGAGCUUUCGAGUGGAAUAAUUGGGUCCCGAAGAAGGUCGCUAUUGUGGCAUGGAGGGCAGAAAUGGAACAGCUGCCAACUAAGAGUGCGUUUAUGGCUCGUAAUGUUCCGGUACAAGGUCAAGACUGCGUGUUUUGCGGGGAGUAUGCAGAGACGAGCGAGCAUAUCUUUGUUGGUUGCCAGUUUGCACAAUCGGUAUGGUUGAAUAUCACGGUGUGGUGUAACAUUCAGCCGAUAAUAGCAUCCGGGAUCAAUGACAUUUUUAGUUUGCACGAGGUUAGUUCUGGUUCAUCGAAGAAGCGGAAGGCGAUUCAUGCCGCCGUUUUGGUGGCUGUUUGA